AUGACUUCAUUGAAAAAGGGAGACAAGGCACAUGCCAACUGGGGCGGUGGUCAAGUUGGCGGCACCGUGGUCGAGGUGAAGACGGAUGGUCCACUGGAAAUUGAGUCAAAGGGCAAAACUGUCUCGAAGAAUGGCGAGUCCGACAAUGCUGCUGUGCAUCUCGAGCGUUCUGGCAAUGAUGUCGUUAAGAAGGCCUCUGAAUUGACCAAGGACGCUGAUGGCGGCGGUGACAAGGAGGAGGAGAAGACGGAGGACAAGGAGGAGGAGAAGGGAGAUGACAAGAAGGAUGAUGAAGCCGAGUCUGGUGAUAAGCGCAAGCAAGACACGGCACAAAAGAAUGGCAGUGCCAAGAAGGCCAAGACGGACGAUGCCAAGGCCAAGUCCGCAUCCAAAAAGGAUGACGGCGAGAAGGAGACUAAGAAAGACGCCAAGAAGGGCGACAAGAAGGAUGAGAAGAAGGAUACUGAGAAGAAGGAUACUGAGAAGAAGGAUACUGAAAAGAAGAAGGCCAGCACGGGCGGACGCAAGGCUAGCACUGGCAGCCGCAAUGCACCUCCUCCUACGACACGUACGACACGUUCAGCGAGCGGCAAGAAAUAG